AAGCGAUCGACUCAGUAGUAGUAUUCUACACAACAACACAACAUGUUCGAGUCUCCUGCCCCUGAGAUGAUUCUGUGGACCUGCUUUACUUUCAGGAAAUUAUCGUGUAUAAUUCUGCUAAUAACACAGCUGGAUGUGAGUUCGGCAUGGAUUUACCCCUGCAAACGAGUAGGGUGGGGUGUAUACACGCUGCAUAAACAUUGUACUUUGGAGCACGUCGUUAUAAAACAUGAAACUCCACGAUAUCGGAUCUUCUUUCCGCCGGUCGAUUUAGAAAUAAUUUCCGGAUUCAUUCCAAACUUCGACAAAAGUGUUGCUGAACGUAUUAAUGCCAAAACGAAAAGGCUCACAAUUAACUUUUGUGGAGUGGAAAAAGUCUUUUUACGAAAUACAUUGGAACAUAUAGUACUGAAUUACAACACGAUAAGUGAAAUUCAGUUCGAUUCGGCGCAGGAGUUGAUGGUUUGGUCGCUGCACUUGAGUUACAACCAUAUGCGUGAUAUUCGAUUCGUGAAGGAUAUAAAAACGUUGGUGAUAAUCAUAGCUAGUAAAAAUUUAAUAAGUUCUGUCAGUUGGGAUAGUUUCGAAAAAUUGCAUCGUUUGCAAACGUUGGAUUUGACAAGCAACCUUAUUCAUCAGAUAAGUGGAAGUGGCAAUUUACCUGCACUGAAGCGAUUAGUUUUAGCAGAAAACCUAAUCAAUGAUUUUGAUCUUAACGGUGUAAUCAUGGAAAAUUUGAGAGAUUUGAAUAUUUCUCACAACCAACUCACGAGCUUAAAUCUGUUUGAUUUUGAGCAUGCGUUCCCGCUUCUAGCAACACUAGAUGUUCGUCCAAACCAAUGGAACUGUGAGCGACUAAAGCUAUUAGAAAGUCAAAUAAGACUAAAAGGAGUAUCGAAACCAGGACCAUACAGCACAGAAACGCGUGGUUGUCACGAAGAUCACCUAGAAAGUCUUUCACUUGGAACACCGGAAGCUGUGAAUAAAUUACAGGAAAAUUUCUACAAAAUGGAAGACUUUUAUUACGAGCAACUGAACAAAUAUGACACCAACAGACGGAUAGCAAUGUCUCAAGCAAUAAGCUUCUUUGUAGAUGAAAACCUGGAUAAGAUAAACGAUACGCUGGUCAAAUUGAAGGAUAAGGUUACUCGUUUGUUCCAACAAUACAAUUUUCGAAGCACACACAUCAUGAACUGACAUCGUUACAUAUAACAACCAAGGACGUAUUGAUAAAUUGAAAAAAAUUAUAAAUAAAAAAGCUGCUGAAAAAAGAUGCGUUUAAGAGUGCAUAUUUUCAAGAUUUUUUCAUGUGUUCGUGAUCUGAAAUUUCAUGUAAACUUGAUUAUGUAAAUUAUUAUACAAAUUUGAAAACAGAGUUUAAAAUAUAGCAAAAUACGAUCUUCA